AUGACUGAAAGUUUGGAUUCGAAUCAAAUUGCGUCUUCAGAACUUGGAACGAAGAAUUUGUGAGUUUCAGGGUUUUAAAUGGGCUGAAAAAUAUCGAAAAUUUGAAUUUUUGAGCUAUGACGUGGCUUUUUUUGGCGGGAAAUUUGAAUUUUGAAAAUUUUCAAGAAAAAAAAGAUUUUUCGCGCCCUCAAAAAGCUACAGUAGUUUUUGUUUGACACGUGGAUUUUUUGAAUUUUGAAAAUUCAUUUUUUCCCGCCAAAAAUCUACAGUACUUUCUUAUGAUUUUUUGGCGGGAAAUUCGAAUUUUAAUAAUUUGCAUUUUUCCCGCCAAAAGCUACAGUACCUUCUUAUGAAUUUUUGGUGGGAAAUUUGAAUUUUGACACGUGGAUUUUUUGGCGGGAAAUUUGAAUUUUGAAAAUUUGCAUUUUCCCGCCAAAAAUCUACAGUACCUUUUUAUGAAUUUUUGGCGGGAAAUUUGAAUUUUGAAAAUUUUGACACGUGGAUUUUUUUUGGCGGGAAAUUUGAAUUUUGAAAAUUUUUAAAGAACAGAUUUUUCGCGGCCCCCAAAAAGCUACAGUAGUUUUUUGUUUGAAACGUGGAUUUUGUUGGGCGGGAAAUUUGAAUUUUGCAAAUUUAUUUUUUCCCGCCAAAACUUACAGUUUUUUCUUAUGAGUUUUUGGCCCGAAAUUUGAAUUUUGAAAAUUUGCAUUCUCCCGCCAAAAAUCUACAGUAAUUUCUUAUGAAUUUUUGGCGGGAAAUUUGAAUUUUGACACGUGGAUUUUUUUUUUUUUUGAAAAUUUGCAUUUUUCCCGCCAAAAGCUACAGUAGUUUUAUGUCUGACACGUGGAUUUUUUUGAAUUUUGAAAUUUUUAUCUUCCCGCCAAAACUUACAGUACUUCCUUAUGAAUUUUCGGCGCGAAAUUUGAAUUAUGAAAAUUGCAUUUUCCCGCCAAAUAUCUACAGUACUUUCUUAUGAAUUUUUGGCGCGAAAAUUCAAAUUGGUAAAUCUAUUUUUCAACAAAAUGUAUUUUCGAACUUUGCCACGUCAUAACUUCUACAACUUCUAGAGGGAAAGCUACAGUAGUUUUAUAAAUACGGAAAAAAAAUGAGAUUGUGUUCAGAAUAUCGACUCAGGCGCCAACAAGCGCAACCAAAAAUGAAUCACUCGAACCAAUGGAAAAAGUCCGACUAAUUUUUGAGCCCAUGGAAUCGUUGAUUCCUUUUGAGCCUAUCGAACUUCUCGAUCCAUUAGAACCUCGAGAAAAACUUGAACCAAUGGAAAAUGUGAAUUUGAGAUGUGUUGAACAAUUAGAACCACUUGAACCCAAAGAAUUAUUGAAUCCAUUGUCUGGAAAUUCGAUUUGAAUCGAAUUUUGUGCAUUUGAGCCAAGUUUUGGCACUUUUUUUGAGCAAAAAUGGUUUUCUAAUGUAUAUUUAAUUGUUUCGAACUUCUGUGAAGUUGAAAUUUGUUGAAUAAAACAUUUUUGCAUGAUUUGGAAGAUUUUUAGUUAGUUAGGGAAAAUUUCAGAUUCAAAUUUCCCGCCAAAAAUAAUCCACGUUUCAAACAAAAAACUACUGUAGAUUUUUUGGCGGGAAAAAUAAAAUGUUGAAAAUACAAAUUUCCCGCCUGAAAAAUCCACGUUUCAAACAAAAAAGUACUGUACAUUCUGGCGGGAAAACGUAAAUUUUCAAAAUUCAAAUUUCGCGCCAGAAAAUCCACGUGUCAAACAGAAAACUACUGUAGUUUUUUGGCGGGAAAUUAGGUUUUUCAAACUUUUUUGAAAUUUUGUUUUGGCGCGAAAAAUCAGUUUUCAAAAUUUUUAAAAAAUUUAUUUUCGCGCGAAAAAUUAGAAAAUAAGUACUGUAGAUUUUUGGCGGGAAAAACAAAAAAAAUUCAAAUGUUUUUUCAGCUGGGAUUCUCGCUACGAAUUGGAAUUCUCGAAUUUCCGCGAAUUCGGCGACGAAGGUGAAAUCUGGUUCGGAACAUCGGCCGAAAAUCGAAUUCUCAAAUAUUUUUCGGACUCAAAAAUCCCAAAAUCCUCGAAAAUUUUGGAUUUAGGAUGUGGAAAUGGAAGUGUUUUGCGAAAAUUGCGUGCGAAAAAAUUCACAAAUUUGAAAGGAGUCGAUUAUUGUGAAGCUGCUGUGAAAUUGAGUAUUGGAUUGUCUGAAGAAGAGGAAAAAGAAGCUGAAGAGUUAGCGAAAAUCAUAUAUGAACAAUUGGAUAUUACUAAACCUGAGCAAUCAUUUUUUGAAGACGAAUUGUAUGAUAUUAUUUUGGAUAAAGGAACUUGGGAUGCGAUGAGCUUAUCUGAUGAAAGAGGUCAGGUUUUUCUCCAGGAGGAUUUUUUUCGCAAAAAAAAUCUCAGGGGAAUUUUUGAAAACUGGAUUAAAAACCACAUUUUCUAGCGGUUUUUUACGCAAAAUUGAAAUUUUGAGCAAAAAUCAAUCAAAUUUCCAAGUUAUAGAACUAAAAAUCAUAUUUUUGACCCUGAGAAGUUUAAUAUGAGCAAUUCUAGAUUUUUCCAUUAAAAAUUUGUUAAAUUAAAAUAAAAAUAAAACUUUGAGUUCUGAAUGUUUGCUCCAGAAAUUAUAACAUGAGCAAUGCCAAAUUUUUGAUUGGAAAAUUCUGAAAUUAUCGAUUUUUGGAUCGAAAUUCGAGAAUUAACAUGAGCAAUGCCACAUUUUGAGCAAUGCCACAGAAGUUUAAUAUGAGCAAUUUUAUUUUAUUUUUUUGAAAUUAUACUAGUUUUUCAGCUAAAAUUAUCAUUUUAAGCUCAAAAUUUGGCUCAAAAAUUCGAAUUUUAAAAAAAACCCAAAAAAAUUACGUUUCAAAAUUUUGAUAUAAUUUUUUUCAUCAAAUAUUUUUUCAAUGAAUUCUUCGCAUACUAUUCAAAAUUGGAAAAUUCUGAAAUUAUCGAAUUUGGAUCAAAAUUAAUGAAAAUUUUGAAAAUUAACAUGAGCAAUGCCACAUUUUUGACGGAAAAAGUUUAAUAUGAGCAAUGCCUAAUUUUUUUUUUGAAUUUAUACUGGUUUUUCAGCUGAAAUUAUCAUUUUCAGCUCAAGUUUUGCCACCCGAAUUUAUCGAUUUUUUCAGAUUCCAGAUUAUCUUCAUAUCUGAAAUUCCUCAACCGCGCAAUGAAACCCAAUUCAAAAUUUGUGAUUUUCUCGUGUAAUUUUACAAUGUAAGUUGAACCUUUAACUUUUUAAUUAAAAAAAAAUCGAAAUUUCACCGGAAAAGCUGAAAAUUCACUAUUUCGAUCGAUUUUCCAACAAAAUUCUGUCAUUUUCAGUUAGAAACUAAGUUAGCGGCUCAAAAUUCAUCAGGAAAAAAAAAUGAAAAUUUGAAUUUUUCAUAAAAACGGGGAUAGUUCAAUAGAGCGCAUUUGCCAUUUUUGGCUCAAAAACCAUCAUUUUUGAUGAUUUUUAGCUUGAAAAAUCACAUUUUCAGCCUAAUUUCAGCGGAAAAACAGAAAAUUAACGAUUUUCCAUCAAAGUUUUGUAAUUUUCAGUUAGAAACUGAAAAUUUUUGACAUUUUUCCACACAAAAAUGAAAAAAAUAUUUUUGAAUAAUUUUUUUUUUGACUUGAAUCACCAGAUCUGAAAUGGAAAUGGAAAUUUGCGAUUUUUCAAGCUAAAAAUCAUCAAAAAUGAUGGAUUUUAAGCCGAAAAUGGCAAAUGCGCUCUAUUGAACUAUCCCCGUUUUUAUGAAAAAUUCAAAUUUUCAUUUUUUUCCUGAUUAAUUUUGAGCCUCAAAUUCAGUUUCUAACUGAAAAUUAUAGAAUUUUGUUGGAAAAUCGAUAAUUUUCAGCUUUUCCGAUGAAAUUAGGCUGAAAAUGUGAUAUUUCAAUGAGAAACUGAAGUUGCGGCUCAAAAUUCAUCAGGAGAAAAAAAAAUGAAAAUUUGAAUUUUUCAUAAAAACGGGGAUAGUUCAAUAGAGCGCAUUUGCCAUUUUCGGCUCAAAAUCCAUCAUUUUUGAUGAUUUUUAGCUUGAAAAAUCGCGAAUUUUCAUUUUUUUUCUGAAAAUAACGUGUUUUUUGAGAAAAAAGUUAGCGUAACUCAUGAAAAAAAUUUUUUUUUUCAAGCUUUUCAAUAUUCCAGAGACGAAUUGAAGCGGCAAUUUGCAUGCGCCGAUCAACUAAUUGAAUUUGUCGCCGAAGUCCCCGCCGCCCACACAUUUUCAUUUGGCGGAAAACAGGGUGUCACAUCAACGGGUGCCGUUUUCCAGAAAAAAAUGUCAUAA